AGUGGUAAGGAAUAGUAUGUAGUGGAAUAGUAAUGGGCCUACAAAUAACAAAAAAGUACAGCAGUGUAUUAAAAUAAAACGCCACUGCACGGUCAACACAGUGCAGGUUCCAUGCGCACCCUCCUUCUCACUAGGCGGCGCUGUAUGCACUCUGGAUGUUUACGACGCGCCUCCCACGACGAAGUGCCUCCGGUCGAGACAUUUCCCUGCAGUAAAUUAAUUUAUGACUAGACAAGACAUUAUUUUGUCAGUGGGUUAAUGUAAAGUGUGUCAACAGCGAUUAUAGUGUAAGAAUGACCAAGCCAAAGGACAGAAGUCGGCCUAGAGAAAAGAUAAGUGUGGCCAGUGAGAUCGAUCGGGUCGAGGAGCGAAAAUUGCAGUGCAACAACCUUCUCGAGAGGGCAGAGUACCGUCGGAGGAAAGAAGAGCUGUCAGAUGAAGAUAGUAAACUUCUGGAGGAGGAGAUGAAUCAGAUGGCUGACAGAAUACAAAAAUAUGAUGAUGAACUGGAAGUGCUCAGACGGGAGAACCGGAGGAACAUGGUCUUGUCUGUUGCCCUGUUGGCCAUCAGCGCACUUUUCUACUACUCUUUCGUCUACUGAGGAAAAGACAGAUGUGGACAGUGUGUACAUAGAGCUGAACAUCUGCCAUUUUGACAUCCUCAUCACAUCUCCUGAUUGCCUUCAAUUGCUGACGUUGUGGUGUAUAACUACCACCACACACUUUAACAAACUGUUCCCAGUGCGGGAGCCUAUUCCAUGACCAUGGUUUAGUGAUAAUCCUGGCUGAGUUGACCAACAUGAAGCGUUAAAUCUAGUAAUAGGUAGUUUGCAGAGCCCAUUUACUACUUCAGGCCCUUCUAUUAGAUGAUUUACACUAUCUCCAGUGUCAAUUUAACCUGGAUUACAAUUGAAUGGUUUGGAUUA